AUGGCUCCGAAGCGGAAGACCGGAACAUACCCCUGCUCAAAAUGUCCUCGAAUAUUCAACCGACUUGAGAAUUUGAAACGACAUCAAAAAUCACAUCAAGGCAGCCUUCCACAUUGCUGCGACAUCUGCCAGAGGGAAUUCUCCAGAAGCGACUUGUUAAAGAAACAUCAACGCACCCACCAACGCCAAGACGAGCAGCAACCAACAGACGAGCCUCCUCUAGGCAAGAGGAGAUACCCUUUUGUGCUCGAAAACAAGUAUGGCUCAUCAAGUAGUGACACCUCUUUCACGCCAGGCGACAACGAACCUGAGCCACGCCCAGCGGUAGGUUCGAACCUGUUGGGUCAGCCUAGUCAGGCGGACCUCUUCAUGAACCAAGCUGUACACGGUGCACCAGUCCUUGUGGAUGGGGACGUGGAUUUCACAGGCUUCUUCCGUCCCUGGGAUACUGGAAAACAUCUUGAUACAAAUGACUGGUUUACCCAAGAUUUCUAUGACGCUUCCCAAGAAAUGGUGACAAUUUUUGGUCCCAAUGACUUCAUCGCGCCCGGGAACCAAUCGGCGUAUGGAGCCGCUCAUGAGCUAUGGAGCUGCCUGGAGCCACCUGAGGCCAUGCAAUUCAAUGUUUUCGGAAUGCAAAGCAUUGAUAGCAAUGCACAGGUCACUCCAGUAACAUCCGGAGACGUCACCGAAAACUCAUCGCGGGCAGCCUCACCACCAAACAUGCCUUCAAAGGAGGAUGCCAUCGCAUUUGCGUGGGAUCCUGCAUCCGAGGGCAUCACGUGCUCGGACAACUUUGAACACCACGAGAGAGACAUUGACCUCUCUACAAUUGGGGGUUUGAAAACCGGACCUGGAGUCUUUAGAUAUAACGUAAAAGGCGCCCUUGAGUAUUGGGAACAGCUCAUUUCCCGUGCGGAAAAGCACGACCCAGAUGCGUGGGGGGUCAAUGAAUACUUUCAUGGUGCAUCUCGAGUUCUGCUAUCGCUGGCAAAUCUCAAUCUUGCCAUCUCUGUAUCCAAUCUGCAAGACGCCAUCGGAAAAAGCGGACCACAGGGGAUCGCUCGGGGAUUGGACCUUUUCAAGCGUCAAUUAGGGAACCUCCCCUAUCUAUAUGGCCAUGAAAACUCGAAUAUUGGCCAGGUGAUGUCUAGAUGGACGCUUUCGGCUUCAGUGGAGAACAAAUACAUCGGACUUUUGACGGUUUUCGACCAGGCUAUCAGAAGUAUUCACGACAUCAUAUCUGUCCCAACGUUGCAACAAGCAGCUCCGUACAGCAUCAUUAGCACUUUUCUCCACUACGUGCUGCUGUGGAUGUUGAUUGGGACCAGCACGAAAGAAGAGCUAUGUUUUCUCCGCUGCCUUCUCGACAAACAGGAUGAACUAUUAUUCACCACAGCAGUACAGAUAAAGCUGCGCAACAUCCUUGAAAUGGCUUUGGGCGAUGGGACUGGUGGUUCGCCUAGAGCUGAAGUAAUAUUCCGGCACGCUUCUCAGGAGCUUACUCGCCUAGGGACUUGGGGAGCAUCACUGAAUCUUGCUUUGCUACUACGGCUUAGAGCAAGUCAGUAG